AUGAAUGAAUUAAUGAACGAUGAUGAUGAGACUAAAAAGAAAAUUGAUCGAGAUCUAUUAGAUCUAUUUAUUGAUAACUACCAGCCAUUUUCAUUGGUGGAGGAAAGGGCGUUUAAAAAAUUUGCUCGGUGGAUUCCCGGCUACCAACUGCCAAGUAGAAAAACAAUUUCCACCGUCAUGUUGUCUGCAUUGUACAAUAAAACCAAAUCGGAAAUGAAAAUGGUAUUAGGCCCAGAGUGCAACUAUUCUAUAUGUCUUACGACAGAUUUAUGGACCUCAAGAUCGAACGAGUCCUAUAUAGCCAUCACCGCUCAUUAUAUGACAGAUGAUUUUGAGUUCAAAACUGUUUUACUUGAUUGUUGCAAUUUUCAUGACUCCAAUACCGGUGAAAAUAUACAGGAAGUAUUAAAAAAUAUUGUGGCUGAAUGGGGCCUAACUGAUAAAAUAAUAUUUGCCGUAGCAGACAACGCUGAUAAUGUACAGAAGGCCAUUCAUAACAUCGGCUGGAAGCAAUUUGGAUGCUAUGGCCACAUUUUGAAUUUAAUAGUUCAGGAUUCCCUCACAACUGUUCAACCAAUUUUAGAAAAGGUUAAAAAAAUCGUUCGCCAUUUUAAAACAAGCUCCACGGCUUUGGAAAAACUUUUAAAGGCACAAACGGACAAUACAGCUGGUUGCAUCCCGAAGCGCCUUAUACAAGAAGUCCCCACACGUUGGAACUCAACGUUUCUUAUGGUUCAGCGCUUCGUUGAAAUGGAGCAGUACAUUAGAUCCACAAUGGCCAUUCUUAAAAAAGAUCUGCCUACACUCACAAAUGAUGAAUGGAAUCUUCUUUCAGACUUAAUAAAAAUUCUACAACCAUUCCAUCAAGCCACAGAAACAAUUAGCGGUGAAAAUUACAUGAACGGUAGUCUUGUCAUUGUAAUGACACGCUGCCUUUUAGCGGCGAGUGAUAAACUCUUAACGGAGCCAAUUUUAGAAACAUAA